AUGAUUGGGCUACGUCGUUUCGUUGUUUGGAUAUCAGUCUUUCAUGUAUCAACACAAAACAAUAUCACGAGGCCGAGUUACAACUUGUUUAAAAGGAAUGGUUCUGCCAACGGAAAUAACUUGUCGAUUAAUGAAAUUCAAAGUAGGAGAACAGCUUCAAAGGGCCCGAAUACUAUUGACUUAUUCGUACCAAAAAUUACGGAACAUUGCGAAAUAGUGGGCAUAUGUGAAGAUGUACCAGGCUACCCAGAAGAGCACGUUAAACGUUUACUAGAAGAGACGGAAAGGUUGAACCUAACGAGAUUUAGCUUGGACGUGAUGGAGCCGCAAAUAGGACCAAAAAUUCAGAACGAUGACUAUCUGCAAUUGUGCGAGUCUGAGCAAAAAAUCAUCGCUCCCCGUGCAGCAAGAGACGUAAACAAUAAAUGGCACUUCAUAGUGAACAGACAAAAAGAACCACAGCAGAAGUUUCAAGUUGAAAUUUGCAAUAAACCAAGUGCUUCCUGCGCGGCAGUUGUAAGCUUCGCGCGGGGGUAUCGGGGAAGGUGCCAACAAAAAUCUGUGCUGCGUAUUAUGACGGCCAUAGACAACAAGGGAGAAUUAGUUGAGAAAGCCUUUUUGUUACCUAGCUGCUGUUCCUGUGUUUACGAAGUUGUAUAUUAUACAAAGAAA